AAAAAAGAGGAAGAUCAUAAGAUUUUUUUGAACCUUUUAGAUGAAAGAGAUAAAUUGAAAGAAUCUGAAAGUGGAAACAGAAAGAAAAGAGGAAUGUGGCAGAAGGAAAGAAGAGGAGGACGAGGGAUGCCCCUGGGAAGACUCCAGUGUGCCAGGAAAUGACUUUUCUAGUAGAUACGGGAGCUGACCACUUUGUGGUAACAAAGCCAGUGGCCCCUGAAAUUGGACUAGAACUUUGCUAUCAUGGCAAGACCUCUUUAUGAAGCUACAAAGGGGGGUGAAAAGGAACCAUUUAAUUGGACCCCCGAAUGUGCCCAAGCAUUUGCCCAGUUAAAACAAGCUUUGGUGCAAGCACCUGCAUUGGGCCUGCCAGAUUUGGAGAAGCCAUUUACCCUUUAUGUUGGUGAACGAGAUGGAAUAGCAGUGGGGGUGCUUACCCAGCUACUAGGAACCUGGCAGAGACCAGUGGCCUACUUGUCCAAACAAAUAGACAAUGUAGCAAAGGGUUGGCCAUCUUGUCUACGUGCUGUAGCUGCUACGGCCUUGCUGACUCAAGAAGCUGAUAAGUUGACUUUAGGACAAGAAUUAAUAGUUAAGGUCCCUCAUUCAGUAACGGCUAUUAUGGAAUAUAGAGGACAUCAUUGGUUCACAAAUAGCCGUAUGUUAAAAUAUCAGACCUUAUUAUGUGAAAACCCUCGAAUCAAGUUACAGGUUUGCAGUACAUUAAAUCCUGCUUCACUCCUGCCUAUUGAAGGAGAAUUGCUUCAACAUAAUUGUUUGGAAACUAUGGAUGAGAUAUAUUCCAGUAGGCCUGACCUAAAAGAUCAACCUUGGCCUAAGGCGGAUGCCACUCUUUUUACAGAUGGAAGCAGUUUUGUUGAAAAUGGACAAAGGUAUGCUGGAUAUGCCGUAGUAACUGCAACCUCUGUGUGGGAAGCAGAACCACUUCCUCUAAACACAUCAGCUCAAAAGGCAGAACUGAUAGCCCUAAUUAGAGCUCUUGAAUUGUCAGAAGGAAAAACAGUCAACAUUUAUACAGAUUCAAAAUAUGCAUUUACUACUCUGCAUGCACAUGGAGCUUUAUAUAAAGAAAAGGGACUGUUAAAUUCUGCUGGGAAAGAAAUACGACAUAGUGAGACCAUUCUGAGAUUGCUAGAUGCUGUCUGGAUUCCUGCUAAAGUAGCAGUGAUGCAUUGUAAAGGACAUCAAUAUGGCGAGGAUCCUGUGACCUUUGGAAACUGGUAUGCUGACACUACCGCAAAGGCCGCGGCCCGAAAGGGACGAGGACAAGAGCCGGUCAUGGCCCCUUUGCAGCUGUCAAAGUGGAAGGAAUCAAAGCCUGGAUCCAUUACACCAGAAUAAAAAAGGCACCACCUGAGUGGACUGCGACUCCUGAGCAAAAAGAUCCCCUGAGACUUCAUACCGUCAAACCAACAGCGCCAUGAGACCCAGAAAGAGGACUACGGCUCUGGUUUUGACCACAUACCUGGAAGCUGGUCAAAUAAAUCAGACAGAAGAUUGAGGAGCACUGUGGAAGUGCCUACGUGUAUGGGACAUUCUUCGGUGAUUGUGAUAAAUGAUUUUGUUUGAUUGUGUUAAAAUUGUUGUUGUUCUUUUCUUGCUUUAACAUAAGGAUCUGAUAUUCUGAGUUUGCGAUGCUACUGUUGAACAUUCGCUCGCAAAAAGGGGGGAAUGUGGUGGCCGUAUGAGAAAAAUAGAAUAAUUAUAGUUAAUGAAAUAAUGAAAUCUUACCUUAAAAGAGAAUCCUAAUAGUGUGGAAAAGAAGUUCUGGUGGUGAUUCUCUGGAGGAAGGGAAAAUGACAGAUGGAAUGAAAGAACAGAGAGGCAAGCGGCUAAUCUUAUGUCAAUAUUUGAGUUAGCCGAGGUCAGAACUGAAGCUAUUUGUGGAAGGUUAAAAGGGCUGAUGCCAAGAACAUAUUGAUAAUUAUUAAUCGAGGGAAGAAGUAAACAUCUGGAAGUAUGAUACAACAGCGCCAUCUCCUGUUUGGUUGAAGUAACAAGAAAGUGAAUUUAAUAUACCUUUUAGAAAUCAAUUAAAAGGACUAAUGUAUUGGAAUAUAUUGUGAAUGUAUUGUGAGGGUAAUUAAGAAGAAUUAAUAAGGGUAAUGCUUGCUUUGAAUAAGUUAAAGAUUCAUAAAGAAAUAUAGAUGAAGAUGUGUGGAAUCAUAUAAUAUGAUGUAUGAAGAGAAAUAUAUGAAGUGAUGAUUCAUUCUAAAGGUGAUGUAAGUCCUUUGGGAACAUAGUCAGCUGAUGGAAGAGAAAACAGUGGAAAUUAUAGUUAUCUCGCCAACAAAUGUUCUUGGCUGCGAUCCUCGAGGACAAACGGAUGUUGAUUAGAUUGUGUAAAAUGUCAACUCUCUUCUGCGCAUGUGUAACCCUGAGAAUUAUGCUAUAAAUACUGAAGCAAAUCUGACUUUGACUGUGUGUCAGACAUUGUAUUCUGAACACCCGAUCAAGCUUGAUUGAAUAAAGAGCCUGGAAUCAGA